GCUGCAAGCACGUGAAGGGCAUCCUCCUGUACGGCCCUCCAGGCUGUGGCAAAACCCUCAUGGCACGGCAGAUUGGCAAGAUGCUGAAUGCCAGGGAGCCAAAGGUGGUCAACGGGCCAGAGAUCCUCAACAAGUACGUGGGCGAGUCCGAGGCCAACAUCCGCAAGCUGUUUGCUGAUGCAGAAGAGGAGCAGAGGAGGCUUGGAGCAAACAGUGGGGUGCACAUCAUCAUCUUUGAUGAGAUUGAUGCCAUCUGCAAGCAGAGGGGGAGCAUGGCGGGCAGCACCGGCGUCCACGACACCGUCGUGAACCAGCUGCUGUCUAAAAUUGAUGGAGUGGAGCAGCUCAAUAACAUCCUAGUGAUAGGAAUGACCAACAGACCUGACCUGAUAGAUGAGGCCCUGCUGAGGCCGGGGAGGCUGGAGGUGAAGAUGGAGAUCGGCUUGCCGGACGAGAAGGGCCGGUUCCAGAUCCUGCACAUCCACACGGUGAGGAUGCGGGAGCACCAGCUGCUGGGGGAGGAUGUGGACAUUGCAGAGCUGGCCGUGGAGACCAAGAACUUCAGUGGUGCUGAGCUAGAAGGUUUAGUUCGAGCUGCUCAGUCUACAGCUAUGAACAGACACAUCAAGGCCAGCACCAAGGUGGAAGUGGACAUGGAGAAGGCAGAGAGCUUACGUGUGACCAGAGGAGACUUCUUUGCAUCUCUGGAGAAUGAUAUCAAACCGGCGUUUGGAACCAACCAGGAAGACUAUGCAAGCUACAUCAUGAAUGGGAUUAUUAAGUGGGGUGACCCAGUGACCAGGGUGCUGGAUGAUGGGGAGCUGCUUGUUCAGCAGACUAAGAACAGUGACCGCACUCCUUUGGUCAGCGUUCUUCUGGAAGGUCCCCCCCACAGUGGGAAGACUGCUUUAGCAGCAAAAAUAGCAGAAGAAUCCAACUUCCCCUUUAUCAAGAUCUGUUCUCCUGAUAAGAUGAUUGGAUUUUCUGAAACAGCCAAGUGCCAGGCUAUGAAGAAGAUCUUUGAUGAUGCCUACAAGUCCCAGCUCAGCUGCGUUGUGGUGGACGACAUCGAGAGGCUCCUAGAUUAUGUCCCCAUCGGACCACGGUUCUCUAAUCUGGUGCUGCAAGCCCUGCUCGUGCUGCUGAAGAAGGCCCCCCCUCAGGGUCGCAAGCUGCUCAUCAUUGGGACCACCAGUCGCAAAGAUGUCCUGCAGGAGAUGGAAAUGCUGAAUGCCUUCAGCACUACCAUCCACGUGCCCAACAUUGCAACAGGGGAGCAGCUGAUGGAGGCUUUGGAGCUCCUGGGGAACUUCAAGGACAAGGAGCGCAGCGCGAUCGCGCAGAGCGUCAAGGGGAAGACGGUCUGGAUUGGGAUCAAGAAGCUGCUGAUGCUGAUUGAGAUGUCCUUGCAGAUGGACCCUGAGUAUCGGGUGAAAAAAUUCUUGGCUCUUCUGAGAGAAGAAGGAACGUGUCACAGGGAGUAGUUGAGCCCAGUCUUGACAGUGGCAUCUCCUAGGAAGUGACUUUCUAAUCCCCGUGGGGCGGGACCUGUGCUGGGGCAGCUCCAGCAGUGGCUGCCUGUGAGUGGGUUCCAGUGUGUGCUUGAUGCUUUCAUACCUGUGCAUGCUUUCCUGAUGGAUUUGGCUUCUUUUGCAAGAGUUCCUACUCUAGACUGAAGGGGGACCAAGUGCAAGAUCAACAGCUGGAAAAGUGACCAACCUGGAGAACAUACACUGGGAUCUUUACUCCUCUGUGCUCAACACGCUGGACAAAGUGAAACUCCUGUUUCCCAGAACCCCAUGUGGAAUCUGCAUGUUUAGUGCAAUACAG